AUGGAAUUAACACGGAAAAAUUCUAAUCUUAAUUUUUCUUCAUCGCCCACAUCAAAGGGCAAAGAACCAAAUAAUACACAAGAUACCCAAAAAAUUUAUAAAGCUUCUCAUCCACUUGCAUCUCAAGAUGAUCUUGACGGAUCAACGAGCUCCAAAAUAAUAGAUAAAAAAAACGAUCAUGACAGUGAAAAAUAUGGGUCUAAAAAUGAUGGCUACAUAACGUCUGCGGAUGAUAAUAAUCACAAACGAAAUAAUAAUAAAAAUUUAGAUGAGGAUUUGGAAAUCGGUGAAGGAGGAAAUAAAAAAGGAGGCAUCAUUGAAGAGACGCCAUUACCGCUUUUCCCGUUGUUUGUGCUGACUAUAGUGCUUUUUAGCGAACCCAUGUGUUCGACUAUUAUAUUACCGUUCGUUUAUUUUAUGGUUCGAGAUUUUCAUGUAACCGACAAUGAAAAAGAGAUCGGAUUUUAUGCUGGCCUAAUAG